CCGACCACUCGACUCGCUCCUUUGCAUAUAUAUUUCAGGUCGAAUACCCUCUACUCCCUUAAAUUCCCUUCGAUGGUAUCGACGUUGUCUUCUUCUGCAGAAGCUUCGUCUUCCCGUCUCCCUCCCUCGAGGUCCACCCCCACUAAACCCUCGAUCAAGGGUAAAGAACGCGCCUCGAACGAUGAUGCUUCGGACCCUACCGCCAUCCUCGAACGAAAGAAACGAAAGCUUCGAGUCAAGUACCCCGAUGCGACUCCCAAGGAGAUAGACGAAAAGACUGCCCGAUGGUGGGAACGUCAACAAAAAGCUCGACAAGAGCGACGUGAUCGGGCUUCGGCAUUGGGUUUGCCCGAGGACGAGCUAGAUUCCGCCGAUGACCAGGACGGUCAGGUCUAUCAGCCUUGGCAAUCGUCUACUAUUGCUGAGCGGCUUGAAAACGCACAGUCCCCUGUCUGGACCCAGGAUGGUCGCUUCCACUUUGUAGCUUCGGGCAAACAGAUACUCAUCCACGAGUCGUCACCACCGGACUACGCUCUCGUCUCCACCCUUCCUUCAGGAUCAUCGCCGGGACACUCGGCACCUAUCACCUCGUUCCACCUUCAUCCUCUGAAUCCCCUCGAGCUCGUGACCUGCUCCGAGGAUGGUACCGUUAAGGUCUGGAGCUGGACCGACUCGCGGUUGAUCAGGACGUUGGACGUGGCUGAAGCCAUGAUCUCAGCUGGAGGAAAACACAAGGAUGAAGAGCAGAGCCGUCGAGUCAAGAUCGAUAGGAUGAGUGUGGGGACCGAGUCGGGUAAAGCGUUCGCAUACCUCGCAGUCGAUGCCGCUAGUCGAGAUCACCAAAUCUUGACCAAGCUUGUUCGGAUCCCGCUUCGUGUACCUCAGACCACCUCGGCCUCGGGCCAGUCGCAACCCGGGCAGCUAUCGAAGCACAUCGUCCGUCUCGGACAGAUCAACUUGCCCGUCUCCGACAUCCGUAUCUCGCCGCACGGCACCUACCUGUCUAUCAUCGCUGACAGUGGCGUGUUUGUGCGAAAACUCGGCGUCAAGUCGGGCUCGGACGCUUGGGUCAAGAUUGCGGUCGACAUCGGCGUGACCUGUCUCCGUUGGUGUCCAUCCGAUGCCGCCGGGUCCAUCGUUAAGCGUGGUGAUGAAGAGUGGUUCGCGACCGGUGACAAGGGCGGUUUCGUCCGGCUUUAUCGAGGUGGCUUGAUCCAAGCCUAUCGGACGCUUCAGCAGCAGAACGCCGCUUCAUCUGCCACCAAGUCGACGGACGCUUGGUACAAGAUCGGAUCUUCUGGUAGCGAAGUGACUUUGGCCUCGACGGCACUUCAUUGGCACUCUCACCCAGUGCAUGCCCUCUGCUUUACCACUCACGGCUCGCAACUCUUGUCCGGUGGAGAAGAGAACGUACUCGUCACCUGGCACCUCGACACGCUCAAGAACAGCUUUAUGGCCCGAUUGAGCGUGGGUGCGACGAGUUUCGAGUGGAUCGGCGUCAAGCCUAUGGGUCACGCUGAAGGCACCGAAGAAGAGUAUUGGAGCGGAUUCGUCGACGGCUCGAUUGUCAAGGUCGGUGCUGCUACCAACAAGGCCUUGCCAGUCGGCAAACGUGCUCGCAUCAACAAGCUCGACCGGGAUUUGCAAUUGGGCAAAAGGUACCCGCUCGCCUACCAUGCCCCGACUCGCUCGAUGGUCUUGGCUUCGUCCCAUCCGUCGACAUUACAGUUUUUCCAGCCCUCGACAUCGUCUUUGGUUUUCGACCUCGAAGUUGUCCCUUCCAACCGUGUCUCCCGCGCCGACAAGGAGAUUAUCCCGAUCAAGGUAUCUACGGUCGUCUUCUCGCCUGCUACGGCAUCCUCGGAAGCGGGACAAUGGAUGGCAACGUACGAAACUCGUCCUGCUGAUACGGAACAAGGAGGAGGAAAGGUCACGGCCGUCAAACUGUGGUUCUGGGCGACCGGAAAGAACGGCUACGUGCUGAACACUCAGCUCGACCGUGUUCACGGGUUCCACGAUGUUACCAGUAUGAGCUUUGCCCCUGCCCCGUUGUCUGGAUCGAACCCGGAUACUCGACGAGGCGCCGGGUGGCUGUUCAUGACCACCGGUAGCGAUGGGACCGCCAAGGUCUGGACCGUCAAGCGUGGAUUGGCUGAAGUAGGACAGAAGGGACCUGGCAAGAAACAAGCUGCGCUCGAAGAAGCCUUCUGGGCGCUCAGGUCAUCAUUCAGCUACCGUCUGGAACCCAUCACCGCUGCCGCCUUCUCCCCGGAUGGUACCCUGAUCGUUCUCGCUCAGGGGCCGCUCCUUACGCUCUGGACGACCUCGACCAAUACCCUUGUCCGAACGCUUGAAUCCGCCGACAUCAAGUCGGUUGCCCAGUUCCUCUUCCUCGGGACGACCGGACGAUACCUGGUGGUCCGAGGCGACCGUGAACAGGGCGGCGGGCUCGUCGUCUGGGACCUGCUCUCGUGUGAUCCUGUAUGGACUCGGGAGCAAGGCAUGUUUUCGGCUUGCCUACCUGCUAUUGAAGAGGACCAGUUCAUCGGCCUCGAUGCCGGCAAGAAGAUCACCCGGAUCGAAGUCUUCUCAGUGGCAUCGCCAGUAUCGCUAUCAAAGCACGUCAUACCGUUCGGUAUUGUUCAGGCUGUCGUCACUCCCGCUCCUACUGCCAACGACUCAAUCGAGUACACUGGACUCGCCAGAGAUGGCAAACUGGUUCGGUUCGGUGCUCACGUCGAGCCGUUCGAGCGGUUAUUGACGGACACGCCGACCGGCACCGCUGACGUCGUUGGUUCUGGGGUCAAGAACCAGUCGAUCUGGGAAGAGAUGUUUGGCAAAGACACAUUUGUCGAUGUGCAGUCGGCGCACCAACGAUUGCAAAACCAAGACGAAGACGAGCGACCUGUCAACGCUACGACUACCCGGGAGAAGCGAGGCAAAUACUCGGACGUCUUUGACGCUCCCAACGUGUCACUUCCCCCCUCGAGUCUGCUCUUCGACGCCUUUGUUCGCGACUUUAUGAGCCUGUCCUCCCGUUCUACGGUCGAUGCGGACCAGGAAGAAGACUCGGCUCCUCGGACCAAGGUGACCGUCUCAGCCGCAUCCACCGGGACCGGCACUGGAGCUGGAGUACGUGACGUCUCCCGUUCCACGGAGGGCAGGAUGAUACCCGAAAAGGAAGUGCGAGGAUGGUUCGGUCAGUUGAUCGGACCCAAGGCCAAGGCCGCGCAGGCUGCGCAAAAGGCCGCUGCUUCUUCGACUGCUGUGCCUGCGACUCCUUCGGCGUUGGGUAAGGGAGCACCACCUCCUUCGACGCCCAUGGGGACACCUUCAGGGAGCGCUUCAAAGAAGCAACGCAAGGUGUCUGGAAAGGGAGCGAACGGGACACCGAGUCGAGGUGGAGCUGCGACGACCACGGACGGGGAUGAGGAUGUGAUGGUCGGUUCAAAGAGGAAGAAGGCCACCGCAUAAUGUCUUUUAACCAUACCCCGUUGAGCUACAAAUCGAUUUGAUUGUAGUUUGAACGUUCUCCUAUGUCACGAAUUUGACGAUCAUAUUUUGAACCCUGU